AUGGUGAGAAUGGAAGGAAGAAGGCGUGGAGGUUGCAGUGGUCGACGCAUAGUGGCUAGCAAAAGAGGGAGUGGCAAUGGCAACGCCAACGCCAAUGGCAUCACCACCAACACCAUCAACAACAGCAAUAACAUCAGUGUCAUCAAGAAGCUUCAAACCCGCGAGAUUUGUUCGAAGCCUCAUCGUGCUUUUGCCUCAGCCACUUCCCCUCACAGAUUCCGUACCAUGCGCUUGACCCACUAUUAUGACUCUCAUGAUCCCUCCAAGUCUCGCUCUUCCCUUUUGCCCUUCUUGUUGAAACGAACUAAAGUUGUGGAAAUUGUUGCUGCCAGAAACCUGAUUUUCGCUCUCUACCAUUCUGGGCUAUGUGCAGCUUUCAGUAGAGAAACUGAUGAGAGGAUUUGCUUUUUGAAUGUCUGCCCUGAUGAAGUCAUCCGCAGUCUCUUCUUCAAUAAGAACAACGACUCGCUUAUUACCGUUUCUGUUUAUGCUUCAGAGAACUUCAGCUCUUUGAAAUGCAGAUCCACAAAGAUUGAAUACAUACGGAGGGGCACCCCAGAUGCCGGGUUUCCUCUUUUCCAGUCUGAAUCAUUGAAAUGGCCUGGAUUUGUAGAGUUUGAUGAUGUCAAUGGAAAAGUCCUGACCUACUCGGCACAAGAUAGUAUUUACAAGGUUUUUGAUCUCAAGAACUAUACCAUGCUAUACUCAAUUACGGAUAGUCAUGUUCAAGAAAUCAAGAUCAGUCCUGGCAUCAUGUUAUUAAUUUUCAAUAGAACCAGCGGUCAUAUUCCCCUCAAGAUUAUAUCCAUUGAGGAUGGCACAGUUCUCAAAGUAUUCAACCAUUUGCUUCAUCGGAAUAAGAAGGUGGACUUCAUAGAGCAAUUUAAUGAAAAGCUUCUAGUCAAGCAAGAAAAUGAGAAUCUUCAGAUUCUUGAUGUUCGAAAUGCUGAGCUGAUGGAGGUAAGCAGAACAGAGUUCAUGACUCCAUCAGCAUUUAUCUUUCUGUACGAGAAUCAGUUGUUCCUUACUUUCAGAAACCGAACAGUUUCUGUUUGGAAUUUCCGAGGGGAGCUUGUCACUUCAUUUGAGGAUCACCAGUUGUGGCAUCCAGAUUGCAAUACCAACAACAUAUACAUAACAAGUGAUCAGGAUCUCAUUAUCUCUUACUGCAAGGCAGAUUCUGAUGAUCAAUGGAUGGAAGGCAAUGCUGGCUCAAUUCAUGUCAGCAAUAUCUUGACUGGGAAAUGUGUGGCCAAAAUUAAUACAACAAUUAGUUGUGCCAAGGCAGACGAGUGCAGCCGCAAUGGGUGUAGCUGCAGGGAAAGUCUUUAUCCAUGCCUAAUGAGGAAUUCAGUUACAGAGGCUUUGGAGGACAUCACUGCCCUCUUUUAUGAUGAAGAUCGGAAUGAGAUCUAUACCGGUAAUAGACAUGGUCUUCUUCAUGUAUGGUCAAACUAA